AUGUGCGAUUUUUCUGAAUACGGUAUUCCCAGCGAGGAGUGGCUACGUUUAGAGGCCACUUUGCCAGUCGCGAAAGAACAGGGCUUGUCCGAACUGAAGCGAGCCAGCAACGAGGGUAGAGAAGCAGUGGCACAGAAGGAGAUGAAGGAGCUUUCCCAGAGAGUGUUGAUGCAAGAUUACACAAUCCGUGCGCGGGAUGGUUACAAAUUAGAGGCGAGGACUUAUCGUCCAUCAGCCAGAUCACCCACCGAUAUUCUGCCUAUUUAUAUGCACUUUCACGGGGGUGGGUUUCUUUUCGGUACUUUGAGCUCAGAAGAUGCGAUUUGCUCUCGGCUUGCCAUCAACGCACAGGUUGUUGUCGUCAAUGUCAAUUAUCGCCAUACACCUGACUAUACGUACCCGACCGCAUGGAACGAUGCCGAAGAUGCUUUUCUCUGGGUCUGUGACAGUACUAUUCGAAUAAGCGGUGAUCGAGACAAGAUCGUCGUCGGUGGGAUAUCGGCCGGUGCAUUGCUGGCCGCUUCGUUGACACAGACAGCACUGCGAUCAGAGCUCUCGGUCUUGCCAACGCCAGAGAUUCGUGGCCAGAUACUGAUGAUACCAUCCCUGGUGCACACUAAGUGUUAUGAAUCUCAAUUGCGCCAAUUGAAAGAUCCCAGUAUCUCAUCGUAUCGUCAGAAUGAGAACGCACCGAUCUUGAAUCUGCGCAGAAAGCAACUCUUUGGUGAUCUUUUGCAGGUGGAAAAUCCAGAUCCGACCGACAAACGGCUAAAUCCCGGGCAUGUAUCUUCUGAAGAAGCGAAGUGGUUGCCACCAACCACCUUAGGAAUUGCGGGCUAUGAUCCCCUGCGAGACGAAGGGUUGCUAUACGGCAAGCUGUUGGCCGAAAAUGGUGUACCGACCAAUGUCAAUGUCUUCAGGGGUGUGCCGCACGGAUUUCGACGAUUCGGAGAGAAGAAAUUGUCGGUUUGCACCCAAUGGGACCAAGUCAUGGAAGACGGAAUUCAAUGGGCUUUGGCGAAGCCUUCCGCCUCUGGAAAGUUCGCCAUUCAGACAUAUUAA